AAUUGUGUUCAAUGGUCGGGGAUAUAUGUGAAGUCACGUACAUCGAACGAUUCCAGAUGUUGUUACUGCAUUUUGAGUUGUGUUUUAAAGCUGUGUUGCUCGCAUUACUUUAAAAACAAUCUUCUCAGCUAAAGAAGCGGGAGGGUUUAGGGCUUGCGAGUAUCGCUAUAUCUGACACCUUCUAGUUGUUGUCCGAUACUCUUCUCUCUUUCUCUCUCGAUACCGAUCUCAGUCGUCUCGGCGGCGGAGGAGAGUGGACAGAACACACAGUGAUGGCGUUGGCUUUCGACGAGUACGGGAGGCCGUUCAUAAUACUAAGGGAGCAGGAGCAGAAAACGAGGCUUAGGGGAAUCGACGCUCAGAAAUCCAACAUUUCGGCUGGAAAAGCCGUGGCUCGCAUCCUACGCACCUCCCUCGGCCCCAAGGGCAUGGACAAGAUGCUCCAGAGCCCGGAUGGCGAAGUCACCAUCACAAAUGAUGGUGCAACUAUAUUGGAGCAGAUGGAUGUUGACAAUCAAAUUGCAAAACUGAUGGUCGAAUUGUCACGAAGUCAAGACUAUGAAAUUGGUGAUGGAACAACGGGAGUUGUUGUGAUGGCUGGUGCACUUCUGGAACAGGCUGAGCGGCUCUUAGAGCGUGGUAUUCAUCCUAUUCGUAUUGCAGAGGGCUAUGAAAUGGCUUCCAGGAUAGCUGUUGAACAUUUGGAACGGAUUGCAAAUAAGUUUGAAUUUAGUGCCUCUAACAUAGAGCCUUUGGUUCAAACUUGCAUGACUACUUUAUCGUCGAAGAUUGUGAAUAGAUGCAAGCGCAGUUUGGCAGAAAUUGCUGUGAAUGCAGUUGUGGCAGUUGCAGAUUUAGAGAGGAGGGAUGUUAACUUGGAGCUAAUUAAAGUGGAGGGAAAAGUAGGUGGGAAAUUGGAGGAUACUGAGCUAAUAAAAGGAAUUAUUGUUGACAAAGAUAUGAGCCAUCCACAGAUGCCAAAGCAUAUUGAGGAUGCGAAAAUUGCAAUCUUAACUUGCCCAUUUGAGCCACCAAAGCCAAAGACAAAGCAUAAGGUUGACAUUGACACAGUCGAAAAGUUCCAGAAUUUACGUGAGCAAGAGCAGAAGUACUUUGAUGACAUGGUUCAGAAAUGCAAGGAUGUUGGUGCUACCUUGGUCAUCUGCCAAUGGGGUUUUGAUGAUGAAGCAAAUCACUUGUUAAUGCAUAGGAACUUACCCGCAGUCCGAUGGGUUGGUGGUGUAGAGCUGGAGCUGAUAGCAAUAGCCACAGGUGGGAGGAUUGUGCCAAGGUUCCAAGAGUUGACCCCUGAAAAGCUAGGCAAGGCUGGUUUGGUGCGGGAAAAAUCAUUUGGAACCACUAAAGAUCGAAUGAUUUAUAUCGAACAUUGUGCAAAUUCGAGGGCCGUAACCAUAUUCAUUCGUGGUGGUAACAAAAUGAUGAUAGAAGAAACCAAGCGAAGUAUCCACGAUGCUUUGUGUGUGGCUCGGAAUCUCAUUCGCAACAACUCUAUUGUGUAUGGCGGUGGUGCGGCUGAAAUUUCUUGUUCUCUUGCCGUGGAAGCAGCUGCUGAUAGACAUCCAGGGGUUGAACAGUAUGCAAUCAGGGCAUUUGCAGAUGCUUUAGACUCUAUCCCAAUGGCACUCGCGGAGAACAGUGGUCUCCAACCCAUCGAAACAUUAUCUGCUGUGAAAUCUCAGCAAAUUAAGGAGAACAAUCCCUGGUGUGGAAUAGACUGCAAUGAUGUUGGCACGAAUGACAUGCGUGAGCAAAAUGUCUUUGAGACACUAAUUGGGAAGCAGCAGCAGAUAUUGCUAGCAACCCAAGUUGUCAAGAUGAUUCUGAAGAUUGAUGAUGUUAUCUCUCCUUCUGAGUACUGACACACAUCUGAGUCCUUAAUUUCCAAAAGUUUUGAUUGGCCUUGCCACAAGUUGUAUUAUUAUCAUCGACUCAAAUGGUGACUGAAAGUAACUCAUUCUACAUGUCCUGUGCCUUGAGAUCUACCCACGUUUUGGUAACGGGUGUAUUUUACGACUCUUGUUUUCUGGUUGGCAGACAGUUGAUAUUGUUGUUUAUCUUUUGAACGUUUGUGGAUUUUGUUGUGUUAAUGCUUUUGCUUUUGUUAGUGUUCUCCUGGCAAACAAAAUAUUUGAAGAUGGUGCAAAUUUUCUAUGAACAGUUUUAAUUGUUUCGUUGUGUU